AAGUAGCCAGAUGUGACCACACAUCUGCAAUAGAAAAUUAGAAAGAGAGAUCUAGUGAGUGAAUGUAAAACAUCGAUCUGCUUCUCCCUCAUCUCACUUGGGUGUGACAGAGGAAUAAAGGGUUAAAUCUUUUCUGCAACGCUCCUUUUAACAUAUUGCUGAAAUUGCAGGCUAUGAAUGGGGCGAGAUCAAGAGAAUAGCCGAAUAGGGGGGGGACAUGAAAGGGCACUUGUUUGCAAGGGAAAGUUCCUAUGCCAAUCAUUGAAUAUUGGAUGGAUUGAGUGAAAAAAACGCUAAAAUCCGUUUCACUCGAAAAAGGAUACAUUCUGUAAUGGAGAGGAACCAGAUGCACAAACACAUUUUCCUCAUGAGGCAAUCCUUCUUUGAUCAGGGACUGCUUGACGAGCAAUUUAUCCAGCUGGAGGAGCUGCAAGACGAUGCUAAUCCUAACUUUGUGGAGGAAGUUGUAACAUUAUAUUACCGGGAUUCAUCGAGGAUUAUACUUAACAUAGAGCAAUCACUAGAGAGGAACCCUCUUGACUUCAAUAAGCUGGACAACUAUAUGCAUCAGUUCAAGGGGAGUAGCACCAGCAUUGGGGCCAAAAAGGUGAAAGCUGAGUGCACACAAUUCAGAGAAUAUUGCAGGGCAGGAAAUGGAGAAGGAUGCAUGAGGACUUUCCAACAACUGAAGAAAGAAUAUGCCAUUCUCAAAAGGAAGCUAGAAAAUUAUUUUCAGCAAUCAAGACAAGCUGGGCCCUCAGAGACAGCAUGUCGCCCUAGGAUGAAUUGAUUGCAGAUGGCAAAGAAGGAUCCGACGUGACAAGAUGUGAUUGGGUCAGUUUCACAUAACAUGUUUCAUGUUCUAACCCCCCAAAUGAAUGGAAGUGCUCGGUGGGAUUAUGAUCUAGGCUAUGUUUUUCUUUGACGAUAAUGCUAUGCUUGUUUUGCUCCA